UUCAGCACGCCAGUACUCGACGCUCAGCUGGAGGAUGGAGACGAAACUGGGCAACAUGUUCAAGAAGGUCACAUAGUACAUGUUGUAUUCCUAUGUCGGCAACUGGGACCCAUUGUACCGCAUGCCUCCGCGAAGGAGAAGCUUCUGCCUUCCGACACAUGCGGCCAAGGACCAGCAUCUAAGUCCGGGCUUUCGUAGAGGAGGUCGGCAUCGUAAACCAGUUUCCGGCCUUGGAGGAGGGGAAUUCAGGCGUCAGCGCCCUCAUACUGUGUAAACGUCCUGCUUGCUUGCUGCAGCUGUACAAAAAGCACGAGCAAAGGGCUAGCAAGGACCGGAGUAAAGACCGGCGAGCGCGCAAGGCAGCUCGGACGCCUGGUCAUGCCAAGGGUUAGAGGACUGCUCCUGAACCACAAACGCACUUGAGGUGUCGAUGGCUUGAAUAGGUGCUGCACUUCGCCUGAGGCGGUGGAUGCUUUGCUGGGUGCUGUGGAUAUCACGGGAUGCGUUUUGGACAUGUGCGGUGGGCCCACGGACGCCGUCGCGACCCGUCUUCGAUCCACGUGCGAGAUUCUCACGAACGACGUGAGCUCGGGGCGCCCAGCGGAUACCAACCUCGACGCAAGCUUGGAGUUAUUCCCGGAAAACUUUCUCGCAGCUUACUCUGGGAAAAGGCCUGAGUGGGUGGUGAUAAGCCCUCCGUACAGCAGGGCUCUGACUUUUGUCAAGGCCGCCAUGUCGUUGGCGACAAAAGGCGUGGCGUUCAAAAUGCCCAUUUUUUUCCUGGAACCUUGCGCCGACCGGGGUGGUUGGCUGUAA